AAAUUACGUUAAAAAUAAUGUUUCAGAAGAUGCUCAAUUAAUAAUUGAAGAAAUAAGUACAGAAAUCUUUAUAAAAUGAUAGUCUGAUGAAUAAAAUAGAAGAGUAGUUACAGAAGUCGAAGAAAUGGAUAAGGAGAUUAAAACAUUAUAAGACAUUUCAAACCUUAAAGCUCGUUUAAAAAUGAAUCAAAUGGCCAAAUAGACUUUUAAGAAAAAUAAGGAUGAACCUACAACAUCUAUUUAUGUAGGAAAGUUUGAUAAUCCUCUGAAAUCAUUCCAAUAAUAGACAAUCAAAAAAUAAUCUCGAAAACCUCUUUCAAUAGAAAAGAAUAGCACUAAAUCAGUGUUAAUGCCAGCAUCAACCGAGAGAUAUGAUUAUAGCAAUUUUACUUACACAAAUCUCAAAGUUGUAGGCAGUGGAUCUUUCGGUGUAGUUUACAAAGUAAAAUUUAUUAAUAUAUAUCGCAGGCUAAAGUGAAUGAGACUGGAGAAGUAGUUGCUAUCAAAAAGGUAUUGCAAGAUAGGAGAUAUAAAAAUAGAGAACUAUAAAUACUACAAGAAUUAGAUCAUUAAAAUGUACUGAAGAUGAAACAUGCUUUCUACACACCAGCAGAGAACAAGGAUGAAAGUUAUUUAAAUGUAGUUAUGGAGUACUUCUAGGACACUCUAUAUUCCUACAAUAAAUCAUUUAUUAAGGAUUUUAAGAAGAUGCCUGAUCUUUUAGUUAAGAUUUUUAGUUAUCAAUUGUUGAGAUCUAUCGCGUACUUUUUGUUAAUAAUACUUUAGUUAUAUUUCUAUCUUAGGAAUAUGUCAUAGAGAUAUUAAACCUCACAAUGUUUUAGUUAAUCCAGAAACCAAUAAAUUGUAGUUAUGUGAUUUUGGAAGUGCCAAGAGACUCAUAACAGGGGAACCAAACAUAGCUUAUAUUUGUUCAAGAUGCUACAGAGCCCCUGAACUCAUAUUUGGAGCUACUGAUUACAACACAUAAGUUGAUGUUUGGUCUGUAGGUUGUGUCAUUGCUGAAUUAAUCAAUGGGGAACCACUAUUCUUAGGAGAUUCGGCUGUUGAUUAGAUGGUUGAAAUCGUAAAAGUGCUUGGGACUCCUACUAGGGAUUAAAUUUUAAGUAUGAACAAAAACUACGACAUGUAGUAAUAUCAAUUUGCUACUAUAAAGUAAAGAGAUUGGAGAAGAGUAUAAUAAUUAAUUAAUUUGGUAGGUAUUGAAAACCAAAGAUCCAAAGGCCAUAGAUUUAGUUUCAAAACUGUUGACUUAUUGUCCAAAAACUCGAUUUACUCCUCUCUAAUCUUUGACUCAUCCAUAUUUUGAUGAGUUGAGAGAAUAAAGUUCAUUUAAAUCUAUUUAAAGCAAAAUAAAACUAAGUGCUUCUGAUCUCUUUGAAUUUUCAAAUGGUAUUAUUAUUAUUUAAUAAAUUCAGAAGAAAUGUCUAAAAUGACUUAGUAAUAAAUGAUUACAUUAAUACCAGAUUGGUAUGCUAACACUUCGAAACCUUUAAAAACAGUUUGCUGA